AUGGCGAGCGCAAUCCGCGUGCUGCUGCUGGCGCCGCUGGCGGUGGGGCUGCUGGCGACGGCGGCGAGUGCAGCGAGGGGCGUGAUGGGGGGAGCGAGGGGGAUGGCCCCUGGGGAGGCAGACAGCAGUGAUGGCAGCAGCAGCGCGGGCGGGGCGGGGCAGCAGCGGAAGGGCGUGCGCAUUCUAGCGACUGAUACUUUUGCUCACCACGCCCCUCUGCCCGGCUAUCUCGACCACAUCCCACGCCGCCAGGCCCUCGCUACCACCCCAGCCUUCUUCCCCCCUCCUCUCUGUCCAGCGUGUGGGAGCACGAAGGCGAUGAUCCGGUCGCAGUACCUGGGGCCCAUGUGGGCGCACGAAGGUGACGAUCCGCUCGCAGUACCUGGGAACUCACGACCCUGCCCCUUGCCUUUCACCCCCUUCCCUGCCUCCCCUCCCACUUGUGCAGCCUGCGGGCGCACGACGGUGACGAUCCGCUCGCAGUACGUGGGGCCGUACGACCUGCACAACGACAUCUACAACAUGACCUUCUACAACGGCUGCGCCUACAACGUCACCAGCCCGCUGCGCGUGUGGCAGUGCUUCAACUUCGGCAACGUGUGGGAGGGCAGCCUCGACAACCCCGAUCCCAACCCCUCGCAGUACCAGACAGGCGACAUCUUUGUGCAGUCGUCGCCGGGGUACUGUGAGAUGCACAUGAACCGCGGUGUGAGCGGCACUCUGCAGAUGCUCCCUGGGGAGACGGUCAACAUUGUGUAUGCAUGGACGGGGGACUUCCGCCCCUGCGCGCAGGAGCUGCGCUUCAGCAAUGGCAACAGCUACUCCAUGACCAACACCACCGACUGCCAGAUUGCUGCCGUCAUUUGA